AUGGACGAAAAAACAAAUCAAGAAGGGUAAAGGUCAGAAUGAAAUUUAGGGUUGAGUAAUUAGUGAUAUUUGAAGAGAAAAUCACAACAGUAAAUGGAUAGGCGGCAAUUAAGAAGUAUCUAAGAGGGAAGUUUUUGGGAAAGGGAGGAUUUGCAAAGUGUUAUGAGGCUACAAACCUAGAAACAAAGAGAGUUCUUGCUGCUAAGAUUAUUGUUAAGAGUAGUUUAACAAAAAGUAGAACUCGUUAAAAAGUAAAUACUGUUAAUUGAUGUAGCUAAUUUCAGAAAUAAAAAUACAUAAGAGUUUGUAGAACACAAACAUUGUACAAUUUGAACAUGUGUUUGAGGAUCAUGAGAAUGUGUACAUUUUAUUAGAAUUGUGUUCAAAUUAAGUAAUUAUUGAAAUUUAAAUAUAGACAUUGAAUGAUUUACUAAAGAGAAGAAAGAGAUUGACUGAAAUUGAAGUAUAAUGCUAUGUGGGUUAGAUAGUAAAUGCAUUAAAAUAUCUUCAUGUAUAGAAAGUAAUUCAUAGAGAGUAAGAAAAUGUAAUAAUAAUCUAAGUCUUAAAUUGGGUAACUUAUUUUUGAAUAAAUCAAUGGAAUUAAAGUUGGGAGAUUUUGGAUUAGCCACAAAAUUAGAAUUUGAAGGAGAAAAGAAAAGGACAAUUUGUGGAACUCCAAAUUACAUAGCUCCUGAAGUUUUAGAUGGAAAAGUGGGUCAUUCCUUUGAAGUAGAUGUUUGGUCAUUGGGAGUCAUAAUGUAUGCUAUGUUGAUUGGCAAACCUCCCUUUGAAACUCCAGAUGUCAAAACUACUUAUAAAAAGAUUAGAUAGAAUUUGUAUUCUUUCCCAGAACAUGUACUGAUAUCNUAUACUAAUUUAGAAUCUUAAUUAUGUUAAGUUCCAAUAAAAUUAAAAAAUCUAGCCUUGUUAUUUGAUUUUGAAAAAUUGA